AUGAGUAUUCACCCAGAUUUUCAGCUUCCUGAGACUUUCAGAGGUCUCCAGUUCACUUCUCCAUCAAAACCGGGAUCUGUUGUCGAACUUCCUACGCCUCUACCAUCUGCCGGCUCAGUCAUUUUACGGCCAUUGAACUCACACAUUGUGUCAUAUGCCAAAGAGGUUUUCAGUAAUGGGAACGUCCGAGCGUACAAAUAUCCUCUUCCCUUGAUUCCCGUCGGAAUGUUGGUCUAUACAUCCGGCAUCAUUCGACCACGUGACAACCUUAACAUGCUGCCACUACUACAGGGCAUUCAUAUGGGCGCUUCGCCGGAAGGCCAAGCACUUAUGAAUGGAGAGUGGAGAAACGGUACUUGGGCUGAACUUGUCAAAGUCCCAGCUGAGAACAUCCAUGUGCUGAAUGAGCAUAUCUUGACGAAGGAGUUGGGCUACAGUUUUGAAGAUCUCGGAUACAUCAGCACUCUCGCAGUCCCUUUUGGUGGACUCAGUGAUAUUGGCCUUCGACCCGGAGAAACGGUGAUAGUGGCGCCCGCGACCGGGAAUUUUGGUAGCGCGGCUGUGCUUGUUGCACUGGCGAUGGGUGCAGGCAAGGUAAUCGCUGUGGGCCGUAACGAAGCCAAGCUAAAACAGAUUUGUAACGACACAAACAAUAGCAAAGUCGUGCCGGUCACUAUAUCGGAAGAUCUAGGCGCUGAUACUGCAGCUCUCCAAGCGCAUGGACCAGUCGACGUGUAUUUCGAUAUCUCACCAAAUUCAGCGGCCAAAGCAUUGUAUAUCAAAGCUGGUAUUUCUGCCUUGCGUCGAGGUGGUCGCGUCAGCUUCAUGGGUGGCAUAAUGAACGAUAUUGACCUUCCGUAUCACAUGAUGAUGUUCAAAGCAUUAACUCUGAAAGGAACUUUUAUGUAUACGCCGCAGCAAGUAAAUGAGCUUAUUCGAUUGAUUGAGACAGGACUGCUUCCUAUAGGGGAAAGGGGUAGAAUACAAGUCAGCGGCAGAUUUCCCUUGCAUAAAUGGGAGGAGGCGUUUGAGAAUGCUAGCCAAGCUGGACCAAUGCAAGCUACCUACUUUCAGCCGAAUUUCAAAGGCUAA